CAUCAUUGUAGUCCGUUGCAAAUAAAAAUCCGGCUCGAAACGGGAGUCAGCCCGGAAUCUUUAUUUCAGAUGGCGGACAAAAAAUAUUGUAACACCACCACGGAGCUUCACAUCGAAUAAGAUGGGUGAAGUGUGUGCAGACAGUUUGACCCUGGACCUGAUCCGAGAAGCCAGGGAGACAGUGAGGAGAAGCCCGUUGGGCGUCAUCAACACCCCCAUGGUCCCCUGGAGCCAGACCACCCUGCCUGCCCACAAGGCCCGCAGUAUCUAUAUUAAAUUAGAGAACAUGCAAACAACCGGGUCCUUUAAAAUCCGAGGGGUGGCCAAUCAGUUUGCCAAGAGGCCGAAAGGUGGCCGUUUCGUCACCAUGUCCGCCGGGAAUUACGGGAAGUCGUUCGCGUACGCGUCGGAGCACUACGGGUCGAGAGGCAAAGUGGUGAUGCCGGAAAGCGCCCCCAUGUCCAGAGCCGCCCUCAUACAGAGUUUCGGCGUGGAUGUGGAGAGAGUUCCCACUUCCUGUCUGAUGGACGCGGUCAACCGUUGUGUUCAGAACGACGACAUGAGCUUCCUGCACUCGUACGACGACCUGGAUCUCAUUGCAGGACAUGCCAGUUUGGGUCUGGAGAUCCUGGAGGUGGUGCCCGAGCCCGACGUGGUGGUGGUCUGCUGCGGAGGAGGUGGGCUGCUGGCCGGAGUGGCUGCCGCGAUCAAGCUAUCAGGAUGCGGCGAGACCAGAAUCUACGGCGUGGAACCGGAAGGAGCCUGCACCAUGUACAAGAGCUUCGAAGAGAAGAAGCCGGUGGGCAUGGAGACACGGAGUAUUGCAUCGGGUCUGGCGCCACCUUUUGCAGGCGCGCUGCCCUACGAGCUGUGCCGGCGCUACGUCGAGGAAAUGGUCCUGGUGAGCGACGCCGACAUCAAGGCGGCCGUGUCGACCCUGUACCGGGCCGGCCUGGUGGUGGAGCCCUCCGGCGCCGCCGCCUUCGCCGCGAUCGCUUCCUCCAAGAUACCCCGGCUGGAGGGGACGAACGCCGUCUGCGUACUCAGCGGAGGGAACAUCGGCAAGGACGAGCUGGCAAACUUCCGAGACUGAAAACAAACUGAAAGAUUAUGAGGAUUAAAAUCGUUGGAACACCUGG